UGGCGAUGGACCGGAAGUCUCAUUAUUUUAGCCUGGAAGAAAUGUUCCCGGGGCAGUGUAAUGGUCGAAAGGGCAGACUGGUGAAGGAUAGGAUCAGAGAUCGCAUUCGAAAAUCAAACGUCAGAACCAAUAUCCCAGACCCAGUGGAUGUCAAAUUAAUCGUCUCACCACUGCUGUGCGAUUUUGGAGCAGCCAUAAACGACGCUGAAGCGGCAUCCGCUCUUCUCCGAUUCGCCAUGGCGUACCGAAUUCAAGUUCGCGAUCACAGGGCACCGCUCACUACUCCCAGGCUGUGUGACAGUUUAAAGACCGUGAUAGAGCUACUUCUCCGGCAUUACAGCGACCAUAUCCCAAUGGAGCCCAAGUACUCGGAGCUGGGCAAGAUUACGCCCCCAGACAUGCUAUGGAUCCUGGUUCACACGGCUCACGACAGCAUGCUCCAUUUUCUGGGCUCUGCGCUGCAGGCUAUUGCAUGGUCAUGCGAGGGAACUCAGCGGGGCGUCUGCACCGAGCUCCUCUACGCAGUCGUCUCCUGUCGGCUCAGGGGUGUGCUCAAGACCAGUCGGCAAUGGCGGACGUUACAAUGUGCCAGGGCUCGGCAAAAUGGAUAUCGGUCCGGUUUCCAGGAAGAUCCAAGGGACCUACAGAGAGUCACUUGGCGACAGGUACUGUUCCUCCUUGGUCGGACUUCCGAGUGGAGAAUUGAGAACGAUGACUAUGCGUAUCCUCCUACGAUAGAGACGAGCUUUUAGAUGAAACCCGGCGAAAGUCAGAAUCCUAAACGAGAAUCGCCCCCGUGGAUCACAGUCACUCUGGGCUCAGUGUCCUGUUACCUUCCAUCACUUGUUACUUUCCGUCUCUUGUUCUAUCCUACUAACCAAGUAGCUGUGUCUUGUACCGUUGUUGUCACAAGUAUGUAGCCUUCCUGUGGUC